GCUAACAUGUCUGUUGUAUCAGGCAGCGAGCAGGAAGGCUGUAGAAAACUCUUAAAUCUGCUCCCAGUGGAUGAUCUGCUAGCACUGAACGAUACAGUGACUAAUCGAUUAAUCGCUGUAGAGAGCUCCAAAGAGGCCAUUGAAGCCAUUAUAGCCUACUCUCAGAGUGCUGAAGAGCUCCUCAAAAGGAAAAAGGUGCACCGCGAUGUUAUUUUUAAGUAUCUUUCUACAGAGGGUGUGACUGUCCCUCCAAACAGUGAGAAACAUCAGCUAGUGAAGAGGACUCUUGAAUUAUGGUCAUCUGGCAAUGAUUCCCAAUCACAGGCAUCGGUCACCCAAGCCAAUGGGCUUGCAGACCUGACAGCUUUGGGUAAGCAGUUUUGCCAGUGGUUCUUUCAGCUCUGGAACUCUCAGAACCCACUGGCAGGUCAGCCAGUGCAGGACUGGGGACCACAGCACUUCUGGAAUGAUGCCAAACUGCUACUCGUCUCUCAUACCGGGAAUCACCAGAGAGAGGAAUUCCUCGGCGCUGAACUGAUGAGCCAGCGGCUGUUCGCUCUCGUCGGACAAGAGCAGUUACUCUUUUGUCCGAAUCUAGAGCAAGAAGGACUAAAGUGCUUAACCUCACCUCAUGGGUUGGUCCUGGUGGCAGUUGCUGGAACUAUUCAUCGGACAAGCACUUGCCUUGGAAUUUUCGAGCAAGUAUUCGGACUGAUUCGUGAUCCACUUGAAAAUAACCGAUGGAAGAUUCAGUUGGUUCAUUUGAGAAUCAAGGGACAGCUUGGGAAGGAAAUGAAACCGGCCGUGACGUAUGAUUCAAACGAGCUGCUUCAGCUGUUCACAUAGUAUUAUUAUCACCAAAAUAUUUUAUAUGGACGUCUUUAAGAUGGAAAGAAGCACUUUACAUGGUGCGUGAUGCAUUGUGCAUGUUACGUUACCAUGGCAGAUAUUUGUUUUAUUGUUAUUAUUAUGCACACUUCACUGUGGAUAUACAGUGUAUAUUUUUCUGAACUGUUCAUCAGAAGCUAAGAGAAAUAAUAAGAUAUAAAAAUUUCAGAAGUUCUGGAAAACAUGCUCACACCUACAACCUAUUUGAAAAUUAGAAUCCCUAAUGUCAAAACAUCUAAGCCUUAAAUGGGGGUAGUCUGUGACAUUAAUGAAGCUAGACCUAAUUUUGGCAGUUAUAGGACUCACAAUACAGUCUGUGUUUUAUUUCUUUUAAUGAAAAAUGGUGACUGAUUUCUGUACAUUUAAAUUUAAUUCUUUGGUUGAAUGUACAUAAAAAAUUAUUGAAUCAGUAUAUGUUUAAUUGCUUAAUUCUGUUUGCAGACGAA